AUGGUUAUGAUGGGCUUAUCCAUGUUCUACAUCACUGUCGAGUGGUGUCAACAGUCCUUCCUAUCGACCGAAGAUUACGAAGACGCUAUGAAAGGACUGAGAAUGACACGAGCCUACCGGUCAUUGACGCUCUUCGCUCGCCGUACCUCUCGUGUUACAAUGAACCAGUUAGAAAAGCUUGCUCUUGCCAUUGGUUUGAUCAAGAAGCGUAAAAAUACGCUCAUGUGGACAAGGCAUCACACAUGGAAUCCGCUUGUUCCUCGCCGGACUUCCUCAUCAGGAAGAGACCAUCUCCGCGGAGCGCCGUCGAUUGAACUGACACCUUACGACAACGAUAGAGUGCCUGAUGUUGUCUUCGAAACCCCAGCAAUGGCUCACUCGUUGUUUCCACCAGCUAUUACACCACGUCGGACACGCAACGAGAGCGACGCCUCCCUCGAUCCACUUGACCUACCCGGUCGGCCCCGCACAAGCGGCGACUCUUCGACACCCCUUAUACAAAGGCCGUCGCAAGUAUAUCAGCAGAAUGAAGCAGACGGCCAUGUGAUCGGCGAAGAGCGCAGAAGCUCAGAGACUCCUCUCUUAGAAACAGGUCUGGUGCGUAGUAACGCACAGACAGGGCCACAUAUACAGGAUGCAGUGCAGAACCGGCAGGGCUAUCAUCGUGCACACUCGGAUCAGGGAUCUGCACUUCAGUCGAGAGAUACUGAACACGCUGGUUUGGGGAUAUCGUCUUCCUCGCAAGACCAUAACUACAGGUAG